GCCGGGGAACUAGUAGAUUUGUCAUUAGGAUUUCAAACUUUCUUGAGACUAAGCUUUAUUUUCUUGCUUUGUUUUGCUUUUGUAUAGUUACUAACCUUUAGUUCUAGUUUUUGUUCAUGCAGUUAUGGCUUCAAGCUACCAUGGGGAGCCACAAGAAGAGGAAGACACAUUUGAAUAUCACAUUCAAGAUGACUUUGAUGCAAGUAUACUCACACCAGCACAACUUGUGAUGUUAUAUGAGCUUCAGAAGGAGUACCCGGGGUCGGCAAAGACAUCCCUAGCACGAAGGAUCCGGUUGGAGCUUAUUAAGGAUCGAGCAGAGCUUGAAGGAAGGGAGGUUACAAAGUAUGAGUUUAAUGUUGCCUAUGACCUUAAAGAGGUAAUGGAUUGGGCUCCACCACUCCAGAUGGAAGGUUGGGUCUAUCUCUAGAUAAGAGAAGUCUUCAUUUCCACUUCAGCCUCUCUCCCUCUCUCCUGGUGAAACAAACAUGAGGCCAAGGGUCCUCUACCACCCAAUUCAGCCUAUAACUCCAAGUAAGUGUCACUCUACCCUUGUAAAUAAUUAGUUAUCAUGUUUAUUUCUUUCUCUUAGAUCUCUUCUUUGAGCUUACUCUCACACAAGGGACUGUAUGAAGUAAGUUUGGGGGAGAGUCUACUAUCUCACAUUGUUUUCUGUUUUGUUUACUUGUCAUGAGUCUCAUGCAUUGCAUUGUACAUACUUAUUUGCAUUGAAAAAAAAAAAAAUUGAAAAAUUACAUGCAUUAGAUUCAAAUCAUGUUUCAUUUGCAUCUUUAGAAUUGAUUCUUGAAGCAUAUAGGUUGCAUUCAUGCAUUGGGAGCUAGCCUUGUAAAGAGCUCAUGCUAAGUACUCAAUUUGAUACCCUUUGUAAUCAUGACAAGUAGCUUGAACACUCUUUUGAAAACUUGUAGACUUCGAGCCUUGAAACUCCUCUUGAAACUCAUUGAUUGUUGAAACUUCUCAUCAUUGAAGCCAACUCCAAGCUUACUUGAACUGAAUGAACUUAAUGCUUCUUGCUUAUGGUCUUUUGUGUACUAAGUCGUGGCUAUACACACUUGAGUUGUCUCACCUAUUUUGCCAAUCUUUUUGACAAACUCAAGUGGUAGUCCAUUCCCUAAAACCCUUCCCUCCUUUCAAGCCAUCAUUGAUUGUUGAGUGAGGUCUUUUUGGAAAGCUUUACAUGUGCAUAAUGUUGAGAGUAUUGGG